AAAAAUAUAUAUAUAUUUUUUUUACUUUCUUUUCUACUUCAAACAGAUUAUUAGAAAACAGAAAAAAAAAGAUCUCUUUCUUUUUCUUUUCGAUUUUUUUUUUUAAAUUUUUUUUGAUCUCUUUACGACCCCCCUUCCAUUCAUUAUUACAACAGUUUACAUUCCUUUACUAUGAAACUUCAUAUCUUUUUAUUCUUUUUCUUAACAUGGAUGACAUUGUUGACGAUCAGCCAUGCGCUUAGUAUCGAUAAACGAGGUGAAGAUGAAAAUGAACCUGAUGAAGAUGAACCUGAUGAAAAUGAAGGUGGACCAGUGAAAGUAAAAACGGUAAUUGAAUAUCUCCCUACUACGCCAGCAGUCGCACCUUCUCGUCCUCAUCAUGAUCCACCCUCUAGUCAUCCUACAUAUGCUCAUGAUUCUCAUUCUCAAAAGACAGAACAUAAGCAAGAACCUAAAAAACCUAAAGUAGAUCAACCAAAAAAGUAUCAACCUAAAAUGGAAGAACCAACUCCUACUAUUAGUAUAGAUGAGGCCAAACCUACUAUCCCUUCUAUUACCAGUGCUGCCAUAUUACCUACUUCUCUUACUGAAUCUAUUAUUAUACCUACUAGUUGGACUUUAUCUGCUACUGUUGCAUCAUCUAUGGCACCUACACCUACAGCGACUCCAGAAUCAACGGAUCUUCCUCCACUUGGCAUUGCGUCUAGUGCAUCAUCCUUCAAAUUUAAUACUUCAUGGAUUGUGAUUUUUUCCUUGUUAUUUUCAAUUUGGUGUUUACAUUAACCAUCUAUUCUCCUUUCUCUCCAUCUUAACACUCCUUUUUCCUUUUAC